AUGGAGUGCGUCAUCGAGGCAACCGUCAGCACAUGGGGAAACGCCCCGCCCCUCACGGCGUGUGGUGUCUGUGCGUCAGCUGCGACUCUCGCGCAGCUCGGCGCAGUUCCCAGUUCUUCUCGGUUCCUUCGACUCGACUCUGAUCCUUCCUCGGCAAGUGGCGAAAAGAACAAACCCAGUAAAAAAGUCUCUUCUUCCUCUUCUUCCUCUCCGUGUCCCGGUGCCUGUAUUGUUCUGCUGUAUUGUGCAGAGCAGGAUCUGUCUCCUCCGGUGAAGUUGCCGCUGAACAAGUUUUUGUUGACCCCAGAUGUACUCUUUUCUCUCGGCCUGCUCUCGCCGUUCUCUGAGUCUCCCCUACCUGCGGACUCCCGUUUCUCUCUCUCUUUCCUCCCGCUCUCCGUCCCGCUCCCUAGCCCCUCCCCAGUCACCCUCUGCCUCACUCGUGCUCCUGGCGACCGCCACGAGACGCGUGUCUGUAAGCCCUCUCCGUCUUCUUCUCUCUCUUCUCCGUCUUCUUCUCUCUCUUCUCCUCUCUCGUCUCUCUCUUCUCUCUCUCCUGUCCCUUCUUCCCUGCCGUUCCCGCCGGCUGCGUGGUGGGAGGAGUUGCUGUGGGCUGCAGCGGCGUCGCAGGUUCCGGAGAAAACGGGGCUGCGCUCGGCGUGCGCACCUCCUUCGUCUCUGAAGGGGAAUCGCGCACACGGAGGUCCUCGCGGAAAUAGCGCCUCGCAGCAUUCUGCCGUCGCAGCUGGGGUCGCGAAAAAGUUAAAGCAACGAAAACCGCCUCCCGUCGCGGCCGCGUCCUCUCCAGAGGCGCACGAGUCCCCCACUGGCAAAGCGUCCUCCGCUCUGGCUGCGUCGCUGGCGGCGACUCCCCAGGCCUCUCAGGGUCUCCUGCGAUUUCUUCGCAUCGCCCUCAACGGCGUCUCGGUCGUGAACGGUCAAUUCCGAUCGAUGACUCUCCAGGGACACCCGGUCGUUCUCCAGUUCUUCGCUGAGCCUGACUCGGCUUCUGGAGACCCCAGCGACCUCGCCUCGCCGUCGCCCGGUGUCGUGACACGCGACUCGGACCCGGAUCAGGCGAGGCAGGAGCGACGCGAUCAGGCUGCUUCUGCGUUCGCCAGGUGCUUUCGUCUCUCUGCCUCGACGCAAAUACUCUUCACUGUGCAACCCAAGUGGCGUGGAGCAAGUGAAGGGGAAAAAAGGCAGGAAGAAGACGACGCCCACGGCGUGGGAGACGCUGGAGACACGGGGGAGACACGCCGCGGAGGCUUGAGCCGCGUUGCCGGUCUCCACCGCGUUCUUCCAGAGUUGCUGUGGUCUCUCAUUCUCCCGCUUCUCCGCCCAGACCUCUUCCAAGCUUACGGCGUGCCGCCGCCGAAAGGCGUUCUGCUGUACGGACCGCCGGGAUCGGGGAAGACGCAUUUGGCGCGUGCGGUCGCUGAGGAGAUUCAAAUCGUUGUUCAGGAGGUGAACGUGGGACGCGCUGUCUCUGCCGGCGCGUCCCCUUUGUCUGGCUUUCUCCGAGCGUUGCUACAGCUCCCCGCGAACGCUGCUAGUUCCCAGUCCUCUGCUUCGUCCGUGUGGAUGGUUCCCCCCCACCUCGAGUUGGUAAACGCCACAGACCUGAUCAGUCCGGUUCUGGGGCAAACGGAGCGGAAUAUCCACUUACUCUUCGAGCGGUGCAGAAGCGAGCAGCAGAAACGCUUCAGCGAGGCUCGCGCCCAACUAGCGGUGCGCGCCGCGCGCGCGGCGGCGGCGCGUGCAGAGACAGAGAGAGACACAGAGCAGACGCCGGUCGGGGGAAGGGAGAACGAGGCAAGACAGGGCGUCUGUCGAGCCGAGGAGACGGACCAGGACGGGGGCGGCGAGUCCACACAGACCUGCGAAGAAGUGGAGAGUCGCCGCGGCGCGCAUGCAUCUGACUCUCCCGCGACCCUCGUUGGCGGCGGCACACUCCUCUUCAUCGACGAGAUUGAUGCGGUUUGUCCCAAGCGCGAAGAGGCUACAGAGGUCGGUCGCCGCGCAGUCUGUGCGCUUCUCUCCUGUCUCGACGGCCUGGCCACAGACGGAUCACUUUUUGUCCUCGCUGCAACGAAUCAUCCGCACCUUCUGGACGACGCGAUUCGGCGAGCAGGACGGCUGGAACGCGACAUCGAGGUGGGCGUCCCGACGGCCGAGGAGCGGCGCGAGAUUCUCGCCAAGCUCCUCCAGAAUGUUCCGCACAAUUUGCGCGACGAGGACGUUGACGAGCUCUCGGGACUGUGUCAGGCGUUUGUCCCCGCCGAUCUGCGCCUUCUCGUCACGACGGCGGCCACGCAGGCGCUGAAAGCUUUGCUUCCUGCGGAGCUGCCUCACGCCGGUGUCAGUCACGACAGGGGGGAGGAACCGCAGAACGAAAGAAAGGAACAGGCAUCCUCAGGCCUCGGAGCUCUUGCGACGCUUCCUGACGAGAAGCAACCGGUCACUCUGAAGCAUUUUCGCCGGGCGCUGCGGCACGUGAAGCCGUCGGCUCUCAAGUCGGUUGCCAUCGAAGUCCCUCACGUGAAGUGGGACGAGAUCGGCGGGUAUGCAUCGGUGAAGAAAAGUCUUCAAGAGUGCGUGGAAUGGCCUAUCAAGUUCGCCCACCUCUUCAGACAGUUGAAGGUGGCUCCGCCCCGAGGGGUGCUGCUGUAUGGACCGCCUGGCUGCUCCAAGACCAUGAUGGCUAAGGCAGUUGCGACCGAGUCAAAGAUGAAUUUCAUUUCUGUGAAGGGUCCGGAGUUGUUCUCCAAGUGGGUAGGAGAAUCCGAGCGCGCCGUCCGAGAAGUAUUCAGGAAAGCCCGUCAAAAUGCGCCGUGCGUGAUCUUCUUCGACGAGGUUGACGCCAUGGGUGGUGAUCGCGAAACAGGCGACGCAGGAGGGGUUGAUAGCCGCGUGCUGAGUCAGUUGCUCAAUGAAAUGGACGGCAUUGGUCCCGUUCGGGAAGUUGUCGUCAUUGCCGCCACGAAUCGCCCGGACCUCUUAGACGCCGCACUCCUUCGGCCUGGCCGCCUCGAUCGUCUGGUGUAUGUCCCCCUGCCCGACCGGGAAGCGCGUCGCGAAAUUGCAUUGAAAAUGCUAAAGAACAUGCCUGUCAAAUUUUCUGGACAAGUUCGUGGAGACCAGAACGGACAGGGAACAACUUGUGCCGACAGCCUAGCUCGCGCGACUCACGGAUACAGCGGGGCAGAAAUCGUCAUGAUUUGUCGCGAAGCGAGCAUGGCGGCUGUGCGAGAGGCUGUAGCGCGUUUUUCAAGCAAGCACCUUCAGCAUCAAAGGCCCUCCCACUUCUCGGAGAAAGCACAGCAGAUACCCGUCGGCACAGCUGAGGAACGUACGCAAUUUGUGCAGGAGAGUCCAGAGGAUGGCAAUGUUUUCGUGGAGGAACGUCACCUGAAGGUUGCUCUUUCUCUAGUGCAGCCAAGGACGCCAAAGAGCCUACUGGCCUUUUAUGAAGCGUACCAUGAAGACUCCCCUUGA